GGCGUGCAGCAUCGCUGAGUGCGGAGUAGCAGGGCCAGCGGCUAUGAAGGUCUGGAGCUCCGAGCACGUGUUCGGCCACCCGUGGGACACGGUGAUCAAGGCAGCCAUGCGGAAGUACCCGAACCCGAUGAACCCGUGCGUGGUGAGCGUGGACGUGCUGGAGCGCCGCGUGGAUGGCCGUGGGCGGCUGCAGAGCCUGCGCCUGCUCAGCACCGAGUGGGGGCUGCCUGGCCUCGUGCGCGCGAUUUUGGGGACCAGUAGGACUCUGACAUACAUCAAAGAGCAUUCUGUUGUGGAUCCAGUGGAAAAGAAAAUGGAACUUUGUUCCAGCAAUAUCACACUCACAAAUUUGGUGUCAGUGAAUGAGAGGUUGGUGUACACACCUCACCCGGAGAACCCUGGAAAGACUGUGCUCACACAGGAAGCUAUCAUCACCGUGAAGGGGAUUAACCUUGGCAGCUAUCUGGAAAGUCUCAUGGCAAACACGAUAUCAUCCAAUGCCAAGAAGGGGUGGGCUGCUAUUGAGUGGAUAAUCGAACAUUCUGAAAGCGCUGUGAGCUAACAGGCGUGGACCUGCACUUCGGGAUACACGGUGGUCACGGCAGUGCUCGUGAUCCUGAUUCCUGACCCAAAAACUCCAAGAAGACAGGAAGGAAGAGAACGAAGAUGGAGAAAGGCGAGCUAGACGUGGCUCCGGCCUGUCUGGAGGGGAACCUGCUGGCACGGAAGCCCUGGUGACCUUGGAGCAGCCCUCAGCGUGCAGGCUGCAGUCAUGGGCAUGCGGAGGCUGCAGGAGUGCGAGAACCCCAGGCCAGUCCACACCAUGUCGCCACUGUGCCCUGGGCCUGUUCUGGGCCUUUGCUGCCUUUCCCUGGCACGGCCCCCAGCGCUUUUACUGGGACCUUGCUGCGAGAGCUCCUUCUUAUGUCCCCACUGAGCCCUGUCCCUCUGCAGAGCUGACACUGUCCCUGCCCUCCACCUGCAUGUGCCCUCCAUGCUUCACAGAAACAGUCUCUGAUCCGGAAGCUUCCUUCUGCCCCAGGUCCCCUCUGCACCCCUUGGCAGGGAGCUCUGCUCAGAUGUCACUUCACACUGAUGGGAGCUGAGCCCUGGGAGCCACUGGACUUGCUGUGGGGUCCUGUGGGCUGGUGGGUUUGUGGUCAAUUACCAAAUGUCUUUUCUCUGGAGUGGUCUGACUUCUGACGAGACUCCCCAGCUCCUGGGGAGGGGAGGAACACAGUGGCCUCCCACUUCCUACAGGCUGGGCAGCAAUUCCUCGAUCCUGGCACUGCCCUCUUGGGACACCUGGGGUGUGGGACCUGCUGGGCUCUCACUGGUGGCUUUGGGCCCUGCCUGGGCUGGACUGUCCCUGUCUACACCACCAGCCCCAGCUCUGCUCUCCCGCUAUAACUGAUGGCCUCAGGGUGCCAACACCUCCAAGUUUUUGAAGUUUGUUUUCCUGGUUUUCUCCUCAUAGUUUCAUGGACAUUUCAGGGAUCAGGGCAAAAGGCUUUUUCUCAAUGUUUUGAAAUCAAAGUUUAGAACAAUACUAGUUAAAAAAAAAAAGUCAAAGCAGCCCAUAUUUAAUUGGUUAGAAGAAAAGCACAGGACUGUGUUGAACAGAGUCCUCAGCUCUCCCUCUGCAGGUGAACUCCCCCACCCUGUUCUCACAGACCCUUCCAGAAAUUCUCCGUGCCUGUGAAAGUUCACAUGUGGGGUUUGAUCUUUCCCUUCUUUCAUUAAACUUAGAUAGGAUCGUGCUGAGUGUACUGUUUUGUGACUGUCUUUUUUUCCUACUUUUUUUUUUGUGUGUGUUGUUAGGGGGGUUGAACUCGGGGCACUCGACUACAGAGCCAUAUCCCCAGCCCUAUUUUGUAUUUUAUUUAGAGGUUUCACUGAGUUGUUCAGUGCCUUGCUUUUUGCUGAGGCUGGCUUUGAGCUCCCAGUCCUCCUAUUUUGGCCUCCUGAGCUGUCGGGAUUACAGGUGUGCGCCACUAUGCCUGGCUUUUUUUCUCCUUUUUUUUAAACAUAUUUAUUUAUUUAUUUAUUUUUUUAGUUAUUGGCAGACACAACAUCUUUGUUGGUAUGUGGUGCUGAGGAUUGAACCCGGGCCGCACACAUGCCAGACGAGCGUGCUACCACUUGAGCCACAUCCCCAGCCCCCUUUUUUUCUCCUUUUUAAACAUCAUCUUGAAGGUCCUUUGGAGGAUUCCCCCUGGAGGAUUCGCUGCAUGCACCCAGCCCUAAUCCCUGGGGCCCCGAAGGCCACAUUCACUGGCUCUGCUGUGCCCAGUCCACUGGUGGGUGAGGAGGGACAAUCUCUGGGUCACUGUACCCCACUCUUUCCAGUGCAGCCUCUUGUUGCCAGGUUUCAGGAUGACUCUGUCACUUCACAGGGUCAUUGUCUAAGUGUGUCACCUUGGGAGUUGUGUUCUGGAGGGAAGCAUGUGAGGCUGUGAUUUGGAAAGCAUGUGCUGAAGGCUGGAUAGUGUCAGGGCAGCUUCUCUGAUCUGUGCAGUGGUGAGGCCGCAGAGGUCCCGGGUGUUUUUGGAGUAAGAUGGCAUUUUUAGUGUGAGGGCUGUUGUAAAUGUCAGUCAAUUGAUUCUGCCCAACUUCUGGCAGCUUGAGGGAGGUGAAAACAAGCCCCUGCAUGCACCGAAUUCUCAGUCUUCCAUGCUUUCAGUUUUUGUUGUUUUUUUCCCCCCAAAUUUCAGUUUGGUUUACUAGAGUGUCAAGUAGGUUUACAAGUACUGCACUCAUCAUUCAGCUCACAGAAGGCCAACAUUAAGGGAGAUAUUUUUCUCCAAAAGAGAUAAGCUUUCAGAAUCUUUAAUAUGUUAAAAUUACACAGGCAAAGAUAAAACCUCAUGUCCCAUUCCAUACCCCUUCCUGCUUCCUGCUGUUGUACAGCUUGCUGCAAAUGGGAAUUUUAGUUGUUUGAAUAAUGGUUUAAAAGUCAUCCCUUGCUCAUUAAAUUAAUUUUGAGUAAAACUGGAUGAGACUUUU